AAUGAAGACAUUGAUUAUUACAUGCCGAGAUCAACAAUGCGAUUCGACUCUUGGGAAAUUUAAUAAACAAUUUCAAGCCAAAGAGAAAGAUACAUUGGAAAGUUUCGAAUUUAAUAAAGGUGAAUUAACAGAAGAAUAUAAAAAGAAGGAAAUGGAAACAAAGGAACUUGAAAACAAAAUAGAUAAACUAAGAGAAGAAAUAGAAAAAGUGAGAAGCCAAAAAGGUCAAGAUAAGAAAGCUUUCGUGCAACUAAAAGAUAACUCUAACGAACUCCUAAAAGCAUUGUUUGAAGCUCUUCCUGCAGUAGUUACAGUUUUGAAACUUGUCUGUGGAGGUAGCCAAAAAUCUCCACAACAGAAAAUGUCCACAGGAUCCACAGAAAACGGCCUCAAUUGA